GUGAGCUCCCAGGAGAGCGAGGGGAAACGCUCGAGAAGAAGGAACAGUAUCUGUAUCCUUGGGCAAGACCAUCUAUGAUUGAGGUAGAGAGAAGCCUGUAUUCAGACCAUGAACUUCGUGCUCUGGCGGAAGCCCAGCAUCUGGCGAAGAAGAAAGCAGACCUUUAUGAUGAAGAAGAUGACGGGAAGAAUAUAUUGCUGGUGCAGGAUUUGGAAGAUUCAUGGGAGCAGAAAUUCCUACAGUUCAAGCCUGGAGCUCGCGUAACAGAAGCUGACAAAAAGAAUGACCGGACUUCACUGCACCGGAAGCUUGACAGGAACCUUGUCUUGUUGGUCAAAGAGAAGCUUGGCGACCAGGAGGUCUGGCUGCUGCCCCAGGCGGAGUGGCAGCCCGGGGAGAGCCUCCGUGGAACCGCCGAGAGGACCUUGGCCUCGCUGGCAGAGAACAGCCUGAAAGCCAAGUUCCUCGGGAACGCACCCUGCGGCCACUACCAGUUCAAGUUCCCGCGGGCGAUGCGGACAGAGAGCAGCCUCGGGGCCAAGGUCUUCUUCUUCAAAGCCCUGCUGCUCAGCGGAGACCUUCCCCAGGCCGGGAAGAAGGGCCGGCACGUCUGGGUCAGCAAGGACGAGCUGGGGGACUACUUGAAACCCAAGUACCUGGCCCAGGUGAGGCGGUUUCUCGUGGACCUGUGACCGCUGCGCUGCCUGGAC